UGGAACAUUCCAAUUCAAACAGUGAACUCACCUAUAUAAAGCUCGGAGGGUUCAUGCAACGGCAUUAGUGCUCACAGAAAAUCGCAAGCGAAAAUAUUACUGAAGCUGUGUGAAACUCGAGUUCAUUGAACAUUAACAAUCCAGUGAAAGUGAAAAGGGUGAAAAAUUUUUGAUUGGUGAAAUAUAUCAGUGCUAAGGGAUGCCUCUGGUUCCAAUUCUAUUCCGUGAUUGGUGGGACGACUGCUGGGAUGCUCCCGUGAGAUCCUCAAGGAUUCUGGAUCAGCAUUUCGGUAGCGGCAUUUCCACGGACGAUUUACUAACUGCACUGGCAACAGCGGCAGCCACACAGUCCGCCAUUCAAAACCGUUCCAGAUUCGGAUACAACAGACCAUGGCGCAAUGCCAGCGUCGCUACCCGAAGUGAUGCCGGUUCAAAAGUCUACGUGGCUGAUGAUAAAUUCCAAAUCAACCUCGAUGUCCAACAGUUCGCACCCGAGGAAAUCAACGUGACAGCCAACGAGAAGUGCAUCACAGUAGAAGGAAAGCACGAGGAAAAGCAAGAUGAACAUGGUUACAUUUCCAGACACUUCGUGCGACGCUAUAUGCUGCCAGCGGAACAUGACCACAGGGACAUCGUUUCAUCGCUAUCAUCGGAUGGUAUUCUUACGAUAACAGCCCCGAAGAAAGCUCUACCAGCCGGCGAAACAGCAAGAAAGAUUCCGAUUAUUAAGACUGGAAAGCCAAUGGGAAGAUUGACUGGCAAAGGUGCUACAGGUGGAUCGGAGAAAUCCGCCGAGCAGACUGAAUAAAUUUAUAAUUUUAAUCAAAAAAAUCGACCAAAAUGGAUAACAAACCUAAAUAUACAGCUUAUAAUUCAUUAAAUAAGUUUUUCGACGAUAAAAAUAUUACGCUUUGUUCAUUCGGAAACUUACUAUCGAAUAUGAUCGAUCUCGUUAUGAAAACAAUAAAGAAAAAAUAAACCAAUCGUAUCAUAAAA